ACGGGCACGAGAUAGGGUGGUGGUUUGUGUGUUUAUUCGCUGGCGGGCUGGGAAGCUAGAAUCAGAUCAGAAGAGUGGAUCUGGGGACCAAGGGGAGCAAGACUGGGACUUGCUUGGGUUUGUUUUUCUUUGAAAAACGCUGUGAGGCCCCCCCCCUUUUUCCUUCUUGAUUGGACUUGACCCCUUCUUUUUAAAAGAGAGGGGAGGCUGUGGCGGAGCUCCGGAGGGUCUUCAGGGUUCCGGGCCCUCUUCGGCUCUCGGCGGGACUGGCCGUGAAGCCGGAGCUCGCUGUGCGCUACCGGUCGCACUCGGUGGGUGCCCGGCUCUGCACCUGAUGCGUUCGGGAUGCCUCUCCCACCCGGGUGCGCCGAGAACUCUUUCGCACAGCCCCUGGAACAUUCCCGUGGGCGCUGGAAAGGCGCACGGUCUCGUUGGCCCGCAGACCCGCCGGAACGCACAGACGCGCUCUGUACCGACUCACUGGCGGGUUCCCCGGAACUUGCGCCCUGUGCCUAGGCCAGGCACUCGGGCUGCUUGGCGGCACCGGCACCGGAGUGAGGCCGGAGAUCCUGCCAGUCGGCCGGGGAUCACAGCGCUGGGUCAGAGAGGGAGGGCCGGCAGAUUUCUUCUAGCCUUUUCUCCCACAACUCUCGAUGGGGCUUUUGUGCUUCCCUUUCGCGGCGGGGCGGGUCUACCUCCUCGCCGCUCUCGCCUAGGCGCCCAGACUGCUGCGACUCAAGCUUUUUGCCUGGGUCUCUUUCUCUUUUCCUCUUCCCCGAGUCCGGCUCCCUUUCCCUCUAGGGUCUGGCUCCCCAGAGAAGUUGCCUCUCUAAGUUUGCCGAAGUCACAUUCAAGUCUCCAUGGGGGUGGCUGACAAGUGGGGGUAUGUGAGUGCGGGAUCGAUCCUCGGAGCUGGAGCGAGUUAUCGCGGCUUUCUUCGGCGCCGCAGGGCUGGGCGCAGCGCUGUCCGGAUCGCCAGCGCUGAGCUGCGUCGGUCGGGGUGAUGGCUGACCGAGGGCAUCCUGAUUUCCCUUAGGACCCAAGGAAUUUGCUUUUGGGAAGGAAUCCAGGUAGCCCAGCUUCCGUUCUUUCCAUUGCUCUCUCCUAGUUCUCCGAAACCCAGAAGUCUGUGGCAAAGCAUAUAGUGGCAAGCCGGGGAAGAAUGGUCGUCCCACUGGUUGGUGCCCUCAGUCCUCAUACCAGGGUGGGCAGCAAAAGUGUCUUGGUUAGCCAUCCUCUUACCCUUUUCUGUAAGAGAUUUUGGCUCUGAAAUCCAUGCGACUUCUUCUGAGGGCAGAAGCAGGGAGCAUUGGGAGAGUGAGGAAGAACUCUUGCUCAGCUUUGCUCCUACUUCAUUUCACUGCGAUAUUGACCACAGCAAGACAGAGGCUGGUUGGGAACUGGGCCUGUGAGGUCUAACACUCUUCAGAGGGUUCAGGAGUCCCAGCACCUUGUUAUUGAUCCUGAACUGCGCUCUGGGAGAGGCCUUUGUCUCCCAGCCCCAUCUUUCCUUCAUACUGGUUAUAACUCUCUCCAUAGACGGUGGUGCCAAUAUGACUUCCAGCACCGGGGAGCAACAUCCAGCCAUCAGUUGCUGCUCCUGGUCACAGGACGUGACCACUCCUGGGAGCCUGUGGGGCACACUUGGAGGUCAUAUUCUUAGCAUGUGCACUCCUGGCUGCAGGGAUGCCUAGUUCUUAUGAUUUCUCUUCUUAGGCCCUCCGUGACCUGUCCUUUUACAUUUUAUAGAUCCCUCUGUCCACUGGGCACUGGUGGGCAGGAGUCUUCUCCGUUGGCCCGGGAAACCCAGCCUGCCCCACCACGCAGAGCCCGGAAGGAAAGAGAGCCUCAUGCCGAAGCUGCAGGGAGCACCAUGGAUCUGACGAACAUGGGCAUGAUCCAGCUGCAGAACCCCAGCCACCCCACGGGGCUCCUGUGCAAGGCCAACCAGAUGCGGCUGGCCGGGACGCUGUGCGAUGUGGUCAUCAUGGUGGACAGCCAGGAGUUCCAUGCCCACCGGACUGUGCUGGCCUGCACCAGCAAGAUGUUUGAGAUCCUCUUCCACCGCAACAGCCAGCACUAUACUCUGGACUUCCUCUCCCCAAAGACUUUCCAGCAGAUUCUGGAGUACGCAUACACGGCCACACUGCAGGCCAAGGCGGAGGACCUGGAUGACCUGCUGUAUGCAGCCGAGAUCUUGGAGAUCGAGUACCUGGAGGAGCAGUGCCUGAAGAUCCUGGAGACUAUCCAGGCCACAGAUGACAAUGAUACAGAGGCCACCAUGGCGGAGGGUGGGGCAGAGGAAGAAGAGGACCGCAAACCUCGGUACCUGAAGAACAUCUUCAUCUCGAAGCAUUCCAGUGAGGAGAGUGGCUAUGCCAGCGUGGCUGCACACAGCCUCCCUGGGCCCAUGGCGGACCAGAGCCCGUCAGUCUCCACCUCAUUUGGUCUUUCAGCCAUGAGUCCCACCAAGGCUGCAGUGGACAGUUUGAUGACCAUAGGACAGUCUCUCCUGCAGGGAACUCUUCAGCCACCUGCAGGGCCCGAGGAGCCAACUCUGACUGGGGGUGGGCGGCACCCUGGGGUGGCUGAGGUGAAGACAGAGAUGAUGCAGGUGGAUGAGGUGCCCAGCCAGGAUAGCCCUGGGACAGCUGAGUCUAGCAUCUCAGGUGGGAUGGGGGACAAGGUAGAGGAACGGGGCAAAGAGGGGCCCGGAACCCCAACUCGGAGCAGCGUCAUCACUAGUGCUAGGGAGCUGCACUAUGGGCGUGAGGAGAGUGCUGAGCAGCUGCCGCCCCCAGCCGAGGCUGGCCAGGGUCCCCCCGGCCGACUGGAACACCCGGCGCCUACAGCUGAGAAACAUCUGGGCAUCUACUCGGUGCUGCCCAACCAUAAGGCUGACUCUGUGUUGAACAUGCCAUCUUCAGUGUCCUCUGGCCUCCACGUGCAGCCCACCCUGGCUGUCUCCAUGGACUUCAGCACCUAUGGGGGUCUGCUGCCACAGGGCUUCAUCCAGAGGGAGCUGUUCAACAAGUUGGGUGAGCUGGCUGUGGGCAUGAAGUCGGAGAGCCGGACCAUCGGGGAGCAGUGCAGUGUGUGUGGGGUGGAGCUUCCUGACAACGAGGCUGUGGAGCAACACAGGAAGCUGCACAGUGGAAUGAAGACGUAUGGGUGUGAGCUCUGCGGAAAGCGGUUCCUGGAUAGUUUGCGACUGAGGAUGCACUUACUGGCUCAUUCAGCGGGUGCCAAAGCCUUCGUCUGUGACCAGUGCGGCGCCCAGUUUUCGAAGGAGGACGCCCUGGAGACGCACAGGCAGACCCACACUGGCACAGACAUGGCUGUCUUCUGUCUGCUGUGCGGGAAGCGUUUCCAGGCGCAGAGUGCGCUCCAGCAGCACAUGGAGGUCCACGCAGGUGUGCGCAGCUACAUCUGCAGCGAGUGCAACCGCACCUUCCCCAGCCACACUGCCCUCAAGCGCCACCUGCGCUCACACACAGGAGACCACCCGUAUGAGUGUGAGUUCUGUGGCAGCUGCUUCCGGGACGAGAGCACACUCAAGAGCCACAAACGCAUCCACACGGGCGAGAAACCCUACGAGUGCAAUGGCUGUGGCAAGAAGUUCAGCCUGAAGCACCAGCUGGAGACACACUAUAGGGUGCAUACAGGUGAGAAGCCCUUUGAGUGUAAGCUGUGCCACCAGCGGUCCCGGGACUACUCGGCCAUGAUCAAGCACCUGAGGACGCACAACGGCGCCUCGCCCUACCAGUGCACCAUCUGCACAGAGUACUGCCCCAGCCUCUCCUCCAUGCAGAAGCACAUGAAGGGCCACAAGCCUGAGGAGAUCCCACCUGACUGGAGGAUAGAGAAGACUUACCUCUACCUGUGCUAUGUGUGAAGCCAGGCCGGGCAGGGGCAGAGAAGUGGGAGUGAGAAGAGAAGUUAGAGAAGGAUGAAGUCAAGGAAGGAUUGUGCACAAAAACAAAAAAACAUAUAUAUAUAUAUAUAUAUAUAUAUAUAUAUAUAUAUAU